GUAUCCAUGCGUGUGUGAGAGAGAGACUUUGCAAUCAAUGGCGGGAUCCUCGUGGCUGCAGUCAUUCCUCUCUCCCGCAGUGAGAAGAUGUUUCCCCUCUCAAUACAUCAAACCCUUAACCGAACACCUCCGCCGUCACGUGUAUUUUGUUCAUAGAGAAGGAACUUAUCCACAACUAUCAACAGGCCUUCUUGGUGGUGGUCUUAUGAUGAAGGUUCUUGUAGAAGAAGAACAAGAUGAUAAUGAAUUGAAAACUAGUACAUCAUUCCCAUGUCUUUCUGAAGUGGAAGAUAUCAUUGGAUACAAGUUUAACAACCAGUUAUUACUACAAGAAGCCUUUACACAUGUUUCUUGCAAUAAGAAUCUGUCAUAUGAACGACUUGAAUACGUGGGUGACUCUGUUUUGAAUCUUUUAAUCUCCAAGCAACAGUUCUUCGUAUACCCAAAUCUUCAACCUGGAAUUCUUAGUCAUUUACGUGCAGCUAAUAUUGAUACAGAAAAGCUUGCUCGUGCUGCUGUUAAACACAAAUUGCAUAGAUAUUUGCAGCAUAAUCACCCCGCUUUAAGUAAACAAAUUGGAGCUUUCAUGAGUGAUCUGUCAAGGUUUCCUUUGCAUUCACAUGGAUUGAUUGAUGCUCCUAAGGUUCUUGCUGAUAUUGUUGAAUCAACAAUAGGAGCAACUUUUAUUGACAGCAAUUCGUCGAUGGACAUCACCUGGAAGGUAGCGAAAACCUUACUGCAGCCAAUGAUAACUCGAGAAACACUGCAAGAUCAUCCGAUGAAGAAGCUCCAUGAGACUUGCCAGAAGAGAGGAAUGAAAAUAAGAUUGCAAGAUCUAUGGGUAAAAGAAGGCGCUUAUCAAAUCAUAGUAGAUGGACAUUUGAAAGGAAGAGGUGAGUGUCGUGCCAAGAAGGAAAUCGCACUUAAUAGAGCAGCACAUAAUGCCUAUAACCAGAUAGUUAGAAAUUUGGGUUCAUAAAUGAAAAUUUAACUUAAUCCUUGUGGCUAAUUAUUGCUUAUACAGUUAAUAAUUUGAGAUUUAUCUUCAUUAUUUGAAUCAAAUCUACAUUUAUAUUUGAAUUUCUAGACUA